AACAACGCAACACUGCAACUACACACCAAUCCUCGCACAACAACCCCCAACCCUUCCCCCCGACGCAUCUCACAAUGGCCCAGCCCGCCCCGGAAGACGAAGACGUCCUGACGUCCUACUUCCCCGCCCCGCCGCCCUUUUACAAGCACUUCACGCCCAAAAACCUCGACGCGCUGUCGCAAUUCAAGACCACGCACAGCAUCGAUGAAGACGCCGCCCUCACCACCCAGCAGCUCCUCCAGCUGCCCACCGAACUGCGCUACCUGGUGCCGCCCGCGCCCCCCUCCCCGUCGGCAGCGUACUCCGUCUUCGGCAAAAAGACCACCCUGCACGCCCUGGAAGACUACCCCGACACCAUGGCCGCCAUCCGCAGCCGCCUCCUCACGCACCCCGUGUCGGGCGACCCCGUGCUCGACUGGACCUACGAGCAGCUCUACCCGUCGUCGCCGACGUGGUCGAGUCUGGAUCGCCAGGCGUACCUCUUCCGCUUCCUGAGGAGCAUCGUGCUGAGCUACAUCGAGCUGCUGGGCAUCAUGGCGCAUGACCCGACGAGCGAGGCCAAGGAUGAGAAGUUGAAGGAUGUGCUGACGCUCGCUCUGAACAUGCAUGCGCUGGUUAAUGAGUAUCGGCCGCAUCAGGCGAGGGAGACGCUGAUUAGGGAGAUGGAGAGGCAGGUCGAGCGGAAGAGGGGGGAGGUGGAGGGCGUGAGGCGGAUGGGGGAGAGGGUGGAGGAGGUGUUGGCGGGUUUCGAGAGGAGUGGGGUGGAGGGGCGGGAGGAAAUUGAUGGAGCAGCGGGAGAGGUGAGCGACGAGGAGAGGAGGAGGGAGAGGCAGAGGGAGACAUGGGGGGUCUUGGACGAGGUGCUGGGGCAUUGA